AUGUUUUCCUUUUCUUUGUUUUCUCUGUUUUGGUUACAGUUGAGAAUCACCGUCUGGUCACUGUGCACCAAAGCCGUAUCUUACAUCAAGUAUCCCAAAGCAUGUCAGAAAGGUAUAGAUUUCAGCAGAGAUGGGUCCUAUAUGGCCUUGGCUGAACGUCGUGACUGCAAAGACUUUGUUAGUAUAUUCGUGUGUGACGACUGGCAUUUACUCAGGCAUUUUGAGACUGAGACACAGGACCUGGCAGGAUUGGAGUGGUCUCCAAAUGGCUGUGUGCUGGCAGUAUGGGACAGUUGUCUAGAAUAUAAGGUGUUGCUCUACUCUUUGGAUGGCCGGUUGCUGUCAACCUACAGUGCCUAUGAAUGGUCGCUGGGUGUCAAGUCUGUAUCCUGGAGCCCCAGUAGCCAGUUCCUUGCAAUUGGCAGCUAUGAUGAAAAAGUGCGCAUCAUCAAUCAUAUCACAUGGAAAAAAAUCACACAGUUUGAGCACCCUGCAACAGUGGAAAGCACAAAAGCUACUGUGUAUAAAGAAGUGGAGAGAAGGCCAGCUGUUGGCACUGACGAAAUGUCUCUGCACAACAUCACUACUGGCAGCACACUCUUCAACACCCAGAGUAAAUAUGAGAUAUGCUCACUGCCAUUCCAAAUUCCUGUGGUCAAACCAGACCCAGACCGAGCCAACCCCAAGAUUGGGGUCUCUGUUUUGGCAUUCAGCUCAAACAAUCACUAUCUAGCCACCAAAAAUGACAAUAUGGCCAGUGUUGUUUGGGUGUGGAACAUGCAGAUGAUGAGCCUGGAGGCUGUGCUGGAGCAGACAUCAGCAGUACGAUGUUUUCAGUGGGACCCACGCCAUCCCCGGUUGGCGCUAUGUACUGGCAACACCAAGCUCUAUCUCUGGUCUCCAGGAGGCUGUGUUGCUGUUCAGGUCCCAACUGAAGGUGGUUUUCAAGUUCAUUCUCUGAACUGGCAUUGCAGUGGCAACUCCUUGAUACUGCUUGGAAAGGACCAGCUGUGUUUGUGCUACAUGGAAACUGAUGAAGAAGACAAGUAAAGUACACAAAAAGAAAAUAACUGGGUCAUAGUUCAGUCUUAUUUAGCUGUACACACAAGCUGAGUUAAUGACCAGUGAGAACACUCCUGAACAUGUUAGAUUUGCAUAUGCUGGACUGUAGCUGUUCUUAAAAGUGUGGGCUACUGGAACAUUGAAAGCGAUUCCUACUGAUAAAUAUGUACUCAGCACUAGUUGCAAACACUGUGAGAAUGUGAAAGUUUACAAUUUUCUAUAGAUUUCACUUAGUGCUAGAAUUUCCUGUUUCACCUUGAAAUUUUAUAUUUGUUCUAAAUAAACUUUGUCAUAAAUA